AUGGUGUUGUUAUGUUCGACCGAGAUGUUAUUGGGCUGCACCGUCACGGAGAAAAACAUAGAAUGUCUCAUGCUUAUCUGCUGCGGAACUCUCGGCGUGACCAAGACGAUACUGUUUCGCAUUUACGCGAAGAACUUGACGGAUAAUUACAGCUCCGCCGUGAACGACUACAAGACGAUCAAAAAUCCGAGAGAUUAUUUCAUCAUGCGAAGACACACUUACAUAGGGAAAUUACUGUUCUGUUGUUUGCUGGGCUCGUCUUACUUCAGCUGUUUCAUAAUUGCAGCAAUUCCUGUUUUGGGCGGCGUCAAAACCGAUCAGAAUGUCACCAACGAGACCGUAUUUGAGUACAUUGUACCUUCGACUUGCGCUCUGGAAUAUUUUCGGAUUCCGACAAGCAUGCGCACAAUCGUUCUUAUUGUCCAAACGCUUGCGUUAUUUACAACGUGCAACACUUAUAUGGUUUGCAAAGGUAACGACACCUUAUUCCUCAGUAUAGUAUUGCAUCUUUGCGGCCAGAUAAAGAUUCUAAAUCGCAAAUAUGUCGAUCUUGAUGGCACAAGUUCGCACGAUCGAUUGAUCGCGUUAAUUAAAAGGCACAUCUACCUGAUACGUAAGGCGAACAAACUUUCCGAGACUAUCAAUAUCGCCUUGCUGAUGCAAUUGUUUCUUCUGAGCAUAAUCUUGUGUAUAUUGGGAUUUCAACUUAUUCUUGCGAUAAAAUUAAACAACGUUAUUGUAAUAGGAAAAAGUUUGAUAAUGAUUUUCGCCUUCGUUGCGCAAUUAAGUCUGUACAGUUUUAUCGGUGAUUAUCUGAUCUCGCAGAUGGAAGAAAUAGCACUUUCCGUUUAUCAAAGCGCUUGGUACAAGUUGUCGGAGAAUACGAAGAGAAACGUGAUAUUUGUCAUAAUGCGACGAGAAUUUCCCGUUGCGUUGAAAGCCGGAAAUUUCAUUAUGGUAAAUCUGUCGACGUAUAUGAACAUCUUGAAGACGUCUCUUUCGUAUCUGUCUGUACUUCGCGUAAUGAUAGAAACGUAAGAGCGCAAAUACAGACGCAAAAAAUUCCAGAGAUUCUGCAAACUACUAUAAUAACGACAAAAAGUAA